AGCUACUAACCAUCUCUGAAAUUCUGAACUAAUCUCAGUGAUCUAGUUACUACUCAUGCCAAGCUUGAACCACUACAGAUACUUGGCUGCUGUUCUUGACAGGGCAAUCUCUUCUUCUUCUUCUUCUUCUUCUUCCUCCUUGCCUUCAACCUCAAAGAUGAAGAUCGGCAAGGCUCCCGGGCUUCUGAGGAAGGCGGCGACGAUGUUCAGGAGCAAGGCGAGCACCGUCAGGGCCAGGCUCCUCCUCGUCGCCUCCCUCCGCCGGAGGAUGGCCAUGGUCGGCGCCAUCUCCCACAGGAUCCAUGAUGCACUGAUGAUGGUGGAGAAGGAGAAGGGCGGCAGCAGCCACAACCACCACCACCAAGAAGACGACGGCAUCAAGGCUCUCGCAGCGCCGCGGAGGGCGAAAGCCGCCGGGCGCGAGAAGCCGGCGGCGGCCGUCCACGACGAGAUGGCGGUGGUGAUCGCCGAUCACCAUCGUCUCUCUGAACUCGCGCUGUUCGAUCAGGAAGACCGCCAUGGCUACCCGAACUGGACGCACGAACUCUUCGACGACGAUAAUGGUUACAGCUAUCAAAGAAACGGCGGAGAUGAUCAUGAUGUCGUCCAUGAUACUCUAUUCGGUGCAGCUUUCGACGAUGAUAACGAGGACGACGACGAGCCGUCGGUCAUCGACAUAAUCAGGAGCAGCCGGGAGGACGAAGGGCUGGAGUUCAACCUAGACGACGAGAUCGAUCACGCGGCGGACAUGUUCAUCAGGAGGAUUCGCAGCCGGAUGAGCCGGAGCAUCUAGGCUGUUAAUCUCCAUGAUGAGAUGGCCUGAUUGAUGCAUGUGGGAUCGAUGAGUACAGCUGACCAAGUGACCAUAGAUGAAAAGGGCGACAUGCCGUAUAUGUAUAGUUGACCAUGGGAUGGAAGGACAUGAAACGUCUUGUGAUAUAUGCUACGCAUAAGCAAGCAAUCAAGCAACACCUUAAUUAUGAUGUGAUA